AUGCUAAAAAUUAUUCUUCCCUCACUAAUGCUACUACCACUAACCUGACUAUCAAGCCCUAAAAAAACCUGAACAAACGUAACCUCAUAUAGUUUUCUAAUUAGUUUAACCAGCCUAACACUUCUAUGACAAACCGACGAAAAUUAUAAAAACUUUUCAAAUAUAUUCUCCUCAGACCCCCUAUCCACACCAUUAAUUAUUUUAACAGCCUGAUUACUGCCACUAAUAUUAAUAGCUAGCCAAAACCACCUAAAAAAAGAUAAUAACGUACUACAAAAACUCUACAUCUCAAUACUAAUCAGCUUACAAAUUCUCCUAAUCAUAACCUUUUCAGCAACUGAACUAAUUAUAUUUUAUAUUUUAUUUGAAGCAACCUUAAUCCCAACACUUAUUAUUAUUACCCGAUGAGGGAACCAAACUGAACGCCUAAACGCAGGGAUUUAUUUCCUAUUUUAUACCCUAAUCGGUUCUAUUCCACUGCUAAUUGCCCUCAUCUUAAUCCAAAACCAUGUAGGAACCCUAAACCUCAUAAUUUUAUCAUUCACAACACACACCUUAGACGCUUCAUGAUCUAACAACUUACUAUGGUUGGCAUGCAUAAUAGCAUUUCUUAUUAAAAUACCAUUAUAUGGAGUUCACCUAUGACUACCAAAAGCCCAUGUUGAAGCUCCAAUUGCUGGGUCAAUAAUUCUAGCAGCUAUUCUUCUAAAAUUAGGUAGUUACGGAAUAAUUCGCAUCUCCAUUAUUCUAGACCCACUAACAAAAUAUAUAGCAUACCCCUUCAUCCUUCUCUCCCUAUGAGGAAUAAUUAUAACUAGCUCAAUCUGCUUACGCCAAACAGAUUUAAAAUCACUAAUCGCCUACUCCUCAGUUAGCCACAUAGCACUUGUUAUUGCAUCAAUCAUAAUCCAAACUCCAUGAAGCUUCAUAGGAGCAACAAUACUAAUAAUCGCACAUGGCCUCACAUCAUCACUCCUAUUCUGCCUAGCAAACUCCAACUACGAACGGAUCCACAGCCGUACUAUAAUCAUGGCCCGAGGACUUCAAAUGGUCUUCCCACUUAUAGCCACAUGAUGACUGAUAGCAAGUCUAGCUAAUCUAGCUCUACCCCCUUCAAUCAAUCUAAUAGGAGAAUUAUUCAUUACCAUAUCAUUAUUUUCUUGAUCAAACUUUACCAUUAUUCUUAUAGGAAUUAACAUUAUUAUUACAGGUAUAUACUCAAUAUACAUAAUUAUUACCACCCAACGCGGCAAACUAACCAACCAUAUAAUUAACCUCCAACCCUCACACACACGAGAACUAACACUAAUAGCCCUUCACAUAAUUCCACUUAUUCUUCUAACUACCAGUCCAAAACUAAUUACAGGCCUGACAAUAU